ACGCAGGCUUGUUUCGGUGGCGAGGAUUCAAUUGAACUCGUCUCAGUUGAGCAGACAGGCGAACGACAGCAACUGAAUGCUGUUGCUGGAACACCGUAUAUAAGCUACGCAAGAGUUCCAGCGGAAGCUUUGCGAGCUGUUGGUAUUGAUCUCGAAAAUCCUGGUGAAAUAACGGAAGAACAGUUGAACAGCAUUUUGGCUCUGGCUGGUCCAAGUACAUUUCAGCCAGAUUUGAAACAUCAUCAAAAUCAUUAUCAACGACAAAUUCAUCAACAGCACAAUCAAGAGAACUGCCAGCAGCGGGAUCGCCCUCAAAAUCAACAUCGGCAGCCUCAUCAACAGGAACAUAAUUAUCAGCAUUAUCAUCAUCAACAACAACAAAAUCAUCAACAAAACCCAGAGCAGUAUCAUCAUCGGCCUGUCUAUGAAAAUGACAUACCGUCAGUGCUAUCGCCAUUGCCAGAAAACGAUGCGGUUGAUAAAUUUAGCCUGGUUUUUCUCGAUGAUGGCUCCUUGAAACUUUCGCAUCCGGCGUUGCAGAGGGAUUUCCUCUUUUCGGCACAGCAAUUAGCGACGGAGAAUAUCGAUGUGCAUAAUUUGACUGAUGAAAAUUUGGACAGGAUUCUUCAGAUAGCAAUGGAAUCGUGA